AUGGUUUUCAGGUGCUUAAAGGAUUUUAAUGUUGCAAUGCUUGCUAAGCAAGGAUGGUGGCUUCUAAAGUAUCCGAAUAAUCUACUGGGUUUGAUUUCUUCUCUUCUCUCUUCUGUUGAUGGUGCUAGGUUUGCUGUGUUGAUGGUGCUAACCUUGAGUGGGGGUGAGGAAGUUGAGGAAGCAGAGAACAAUCCUUCAUUAAAUGAGAGUGACGAAAUUGAAGAACCUAAGAAGGGGAUGUGGUUUACCUCAAAGCAAGAAGUUCACGAGUUUUAUGCAAAAUAUGCUAAAAACCUUGGAUUUGCUAUAGCUUACAGAACACAGAAUGUUAGAUCGGAUGGAAAGGUGAAAUACUUUGGAAUUGAAUGUACUCGAGCGCAGAAGAGGACAAAAAGAUCAGAAGUAAACCCCCUGAAACCAUCGUUGUCAUCAAAAAUUGAUUGUAAAGCUAAGGUAAGAGGGACUUUACAACCGAAUGGAAGAUAUAAGUUAACUACAGUUGUGCUUGAGCAUGCGCAUGAUUUAAUUCCUAGCGACUCACGCCAUUUUCCAAUGAAUAAGAGGAUUCGUACUCUUGUGAAGAGAAGAUUAGAAAUAAACAAUGAAGCCGGAAUAGGGGUGUCUAGGAAUUUUGAUUCUAUAGUUGUUGAAGCGGGGGGAUAUGAGGCAUUAACAUUUGAUGAACGAGAUGCAAGGAACCACAUUCAAAAUGCUAGAAGAUUGAGGCUUGGGGUAGGAGAUGCCGAAUCAGUUGCAUUUUAUUUUCAUAGGAUGCAACAAGAAAAUUCAAACUUCUAUUCUGCAAUUGACUUUGAUGUAGAUGGUCCCAUACGAAACUUGUUUUGGGCGGACGCAAGGAGUAGGGCGGCUUAUAAAGCAUUUGGGGAUGUUGUCUCAUUUGACACCACCUAUCUCACAAACAAGUAUGAUAUGCCGUUUGCUCCGUUUGUAGGAGUUAAUCACCAUGGACAGUCAAUCUUGUUUGGUUGUGGGCUAUUAUCUUAUGAGAACACAGACACAUUUGUUUGGCUAUUCAAAGAAUGGUUAAAUUGCAUGUCAGCCACUCCUCCAAAAGCUAUUAUAACUGACCAGUGCAGAGCCAUGCAAAAUGCCAUACAAAUUGUCUUCCCAUAA